AUGCAUAUCUUCGACGAUACUGAUCGAGCAACAGAGAUGUCGGAAAACAACGACGUUUCAUUCAGGAAACCGGCGUCCAGACUCCGGUGGGACGUGUUUCUAAACUUCAGAGGGGAAGACACUCGCGAUACUUUCACUGACCGGCUCUACGAAGCGCUAUAUCGAAAAGAAGUCCGAGUCUUCCGCGACGACGACGGGUUGACUCAGGGAGAUUCACUCACUCCAACUCUUCUCAACGCGAUCGAAGACUCGGCGGCUUCGAUCGCCAUCAUCUCCCCCAGUUACGCUUCCUUCAGGUGGUGCCUCGAAGAACUCGCUACGAUCUGCGAGUUUAAACGACUCGUUCUUCCCGUUUUCUACCGAGUCGACCCGAGCGAUGUUCGGAGACAGAAAGGACCGUUCGAAGAGGAUUUUCAAACACUGGAGAGAAGGUUUGGAACGGAAAAGGUGUUGCGAUGGAGAAAUGCUAUGGAAGAAGUCGGUGGAAUUUCCGGUUGGGUUUUCGAUGGCCGUGACGAGGAGUCACAGUUGAUUGAGCGUUUAGUCAAGAGGAUUUCGGCUGAAUUGAGCAAUAGUCCCGUUUUUGUGGCUCCAU